UACAGCGACAUAGCACAGCAUAAUUCCAUUCCAGGACUCAUAUGAAGAGAUUUUCUGUAGCAAAUUGUUCUUUUCAACCUUCCAGCGGCCACAACCGGUCAGCGUCGGUACGUGUCUUCGCAAAGGGACUCCAUCGUCGUUUACUUGGUCUAUUCCACCCAUGGGGGAAUAAACCUGGUCCUACGAUCCACGAUCGAACUUCGCAAGAUCCAACAUGCUCCUCGAUGACCCACAAUGUACUACGUUGCGCGACACUGUGCUGUAUGUCCCUGAUGGGCAUCAGAUCAGAAAACGUUGGAGCAUGCCAAGGGAGCAUUAGCCUGGUGCGUACCGUUCGUGGAACAUUCUCUUGGCCAACCGUAACACCGCAUUGCGCCCAUACGGACGGUGCCAGGGUCUGUUGUGGACUGUGCUGAUGCUGAAUCCACCUUGCUGGUCGCACGCCCUUCGGCGGUCUCCAGGCCUCAGACCUACCCAUAACCCACACGCCCAAGGGGGUUACAGGGCUUCCAGCGCGCGAGCAGAACUGGCAGAGUCAGGCGGGAGCCGCCUGUCAGUGCAUAUCCACCAAGGCGCCACUUAACAAGCUCGCCAUAGCAGGGCAUCUUUGGGCUAUGACACAUCGUUUCCCCCAGGGACAGAGCACGAGUCGAAGGCUCUGAGUUCAGAUAUUUAGUCUUGGUGAUGCCCUCGAUCUUUCCACUCGAAAGGACUCUCCAUAUCUUCCCCAGAAUCAUCUUGGUUUAUCUUCAAUUUCCCCAGACUCACAUCUACUAUCCCGGGUUGACAACACUUGACUAAAGUUAGUCCCCAGAUAUAUCGACUUGCAAAAAGGUCACUUACACACGAACGAAACAAAACAACGAUCAACGACAGUUACAAUUGGUUAUCUAGAAGACACUCGAUACCAAUUGAUAUCUCAGUCACUCGCUCUUCACAGAAGUUACGAGAAAAACGAAAAACAAACCUACCACUUACUCGCGGCAUCCGCAGCUAGUAGCCGGCACUCAAAAUCCUUGCACACCACCUCGGAACAGGUUUGAGUCGCAGCAUCGUCAUUACCGACUUCGCAUUGACGCAGCUUGCAACAUUUGCAAAGUCAGAAGACCAGUUGCCCCUGGCUAUCUCCCGCCGUAUACACCCACAUCAUACGCCGGCGUCAACAAUACUAUUUCCGGUAUUACAUCACCCUGAAGAGUUUUUGCGAAAACUCGUUCACGCCGAGUGCUAUUUUAGCCGCCAACCCCCACCAUCUGAACCCGUAUAAUCAACCACAAAAGAGAGCGUCUUACAAAAGGAUCGCUCACUACCACCGCCAUGCCCCACCGCGUGGCUAACUUCAUCCGCACCUCUUCUGGCAACAUUGCUCAGAUCAAGAAGGUUGCUCGAUCACGCACAAACAGCCCUUACACAUCAGACGGCGAGGAUCGACCUCAAAUCCACGCUGUCAAGAUGACCGAACUCGCAGAUGCCGUUAAGAAGCAUCACCGAAUCUCUUUGCCCUUUGGCAAGUCCCACAAGGAACAGCCCUCAGAUGUUACCAUUGACUGGAGCAUCGAGAGCCCACCUGUGGUUUUCCACGGCAACACUGAGGAGAGCACUGGCGCUCUCAUCACUGGACAGAUGUUCCUCGAUGUCAAAGAGGAGGUUGUCGAGGUUGGAAGCUUCGCAGCUUCUCUCAAGCUUCACAUCUACCAGAAGAGGCCUUACCAGGGCCACUGCACAGAUUGCCAGAACCAGUACACUGAGCUCAAGAGCUGGCAAUUCCUAGCUCUGCCUACCACACUUCGCAAGGGCCGUCACCCAUUCCCUUUCUCCAUUCUCCUGGAUGGCCACCUCCCCGCUACCAUGGAUACUCCCCUUGUCGCCAUCUCAUAUGAGUUCAAGGCUGAUGCCUAUGUCACCAAGAGCGUGCACUCAGCCAGUGGCUCCGUCACACCUGUGCGAUUCGAGCGAACUGUCCCCGUUAAGCGAUCUCUUCCCGAGAACGAAAUCCCUCACCACUCUGUCCGCGUCUUUCCUCCUACCAACAUCAAGGCCAGCGCCCACUACAACAACAUCAUUCACCCUACCGGAACCAACACUGUCAGUCUGCGACUUGACGGUCUCAUGAGCCGUAACGACAAGGCGAAGACCAUUGACUUCUGGCGACUCAAGAAGGUCACAUGGAGACUCGAGGAGACCAUCAAGACUGUGGCCCCUGCUUGCGACCGACAUGCUCCUGCAGCUGAAGACCCCGAGAAGAAGAGCCUCCCCCGCAACGAGGUCCGCGUCCUGGGCGAGAAGCACCUCCACGAUGGCUGGAAGUCUGACUUCACUGGCACCGAUGGCAAGGUUGAGCUUGAAUUCGAUUACUUUGCCAACCAAUACAAGUCUCACACCAAGGAGCUCAAGUAUGCCUGUGACACCAAGUCUGCUGAGGGCGUCGAAGUGACACAUUCACUCCUCAUUGAGCUUGUUGUUUCUCGAGAAUACGCUCCCGAGGGUAAGCCUCAACUGGCUACCCAAACCGGCACCGGCCGCAUCCUGCGAAUGCAUUACGGUGUUGUCAUGACUGCUCAUGCUGGCAUGGGUGUCAGCUGGGAUAACGAAGCUCCCCCGGUCUACCAAGACGUGCCUCCUAGCCCCCCUGCCUACCCUGCCGUUGAGUCUCCAGUUGAGUACGAGAGCCUGGAGCAUCUCGAUGCCCACCGACUUAGCAGUCUUUCCAACUCAUCAGAUGAUGGUAGCCAAUAGAGUUGCCGCCGAUGAGUUUCACAACAUUGUCUUUUAUUGCUUAAUACUUGCAUUUUUCCUUUGUUACCAACUGCAUGAGACACGCGGCGAUCCGAUUUGCGAAAAGAAGAUACCCCAGAAGCGUUGAUAGGAAGACUCAGUAACUUCCACCUCUACAUUAUAAAGAAAGGGAAUACAGAACACAUGGGAAAUGACUUUUAAAACGGAGUUUUGGAGUACAAAAAGUUAAAGUGGAUUGGAUAUCAGGGACAGAAGAGCCCAUGUGUUGUAUAGCUAUAAAAGCUUCUGUAUCUAGUCAUGAGAAGAAAGGCCGCCCAAAGAAGCAGGCUUGAAAACAUUGAAUAAUCAUGAACCAUUUCAACUCUUAAACUUGACGAUAAUCUCAUGUGAAUUAUUGGUUACUUGGCAACGAGCCAGUUUCUGUUUGUUCAUUGACUCGCAUAGAGUAGUCAACCGGAUUCUUGGUCUAGAACAAGAUAAGUGGUGUGAGUCAGAUGCAGCCAAGCAUGAGGCGUCCGGGGUUAGAUAACCGAGGCACUCUUUUAUAACCGGAAAGAGAAGCAAUCUUGAAGUCUGAUAAACAAAAACCUGGGGUCUGCGGGCGGAUAACAGCCUGCAGCCAGCCUUGAUAGGCCGGUAAGUGGUCAGUGUCACAAGCAAAAGCGGUACAUACAUUACGCGGAACAACUGAUAUGUGAGUUUGAGCCCGAAAGGCGGGGUGAAUUCUUGCGUCGACCAAGAAUAUGUAGCGUUGAUCGUCAAAAGUGGUGGCCCGUCUGUGAUGCAUGAUGUAUCACACGACGUGCAAAGACAACAGGAUUCUGCAUAGAAAAUUGUGUCAUUGGCGUGCGGACUUGGACUCCCGGUAUAACUUGCCAGAAGAGGGAGCAGUGGCUUGUUCAAAGUAUUGCCCGGAUGCAGCAUCCGUUAUGGCUUUGGUCCGGUCUUGUUUCCGGUCUUGUGUGUCAC